AUGACAACCUCCCCGAGCAUUAUCUCUGCAGACAAGGUCAGUCUUGAGGAGUUUGAGAGACUACUCAAGCAGUAUCCAUACCUUGUCAAGAGGGUUUCGGAUGAAAAGAGCGCUAAGAACGGUCAGAGAACGUUGGAAGACCUCGAUAACUACCGGUACAACGAUGCGCUAGACAUUUUCGACUCCAACAGGAGAGUCCGCCCCAUGACCCUUGAAGACAUCAAGACCCUUGUUGAGUGGAAGUUACGCCACGGGAAGUUCAGGCCAACACUCAUGAAACUAGUCUCGUCAAAUGCUCCGGUCGAUGCUGAAGAUAUCGUCAAGCAAGCAUUGGAAACAUAUAGCAAAGAUGCCAAUGUCGAAGCGACCCUAGGCAUAUUGACCAAGCUCCGAGGCAUUGGCCCUGCCACCGGGUCUUUACUCCUAGCCGUUCACGACGCAAGUCGGGUUAUCUUCUUUGCCGACGAGGCUUUCUGGUGGCUAUGCUGUGAGGGGAAGCAAAGCCCUAUCAAGUACAAUGCCAAGGAGUACCGUGAGCUAUGCUCGAAAGUCGAUGCUCUACGGAGUAGACUUGGUGUGGGAGCAAGUGAUGUGGAGAGAGUUGCAUAUGUUUUGAUGAAGAAGACAGCCCAACCAGAGUCUCAUGAUGCAAUGUCACUGAAGGAAACAAAACAAAACACACCUUCGAUAACGGAGAAGAAAAGGAAAACCGGCCCAAAGCCCGCAAAGGUUGAAAAUGCAACCGAUGAUCAGCCUUCGCUUCGUCGAUCAAAGCGAGUGAAGUCGUAG